UUAGCAGUUCUCAUUGGCUCAAUCGUCUGGGCUCUGGACUGGCCUAUAUCUCGUACAACUGUUGCCAUGGCAGUGUGGAGAUUUCGGGGUUUUAAAGCAGAAGAGGUCCAAUCAGAAUCAUGUCUACUUCCUCUCUCGCAAAGCCUGCAGCCUUUUCUUAGACCUCCAAUUGACUGCGAGUUCUGUAUGGACGUCAACUCAAUUAAAAAGGUCACGAAUAUUUCCUCCAUUGAGUUUUCAGAGAAAUACGCGCACACGGGUAGACCAGUGGUUGUCAAGGACGCUGCUAGGAACUGGUCAGCUACACAAGUUUUUAGUUUCGAAUUCUUUAAAGGUCUCUAUGGUCCAUUCAGUUCUGUCAGGGGAAGCAACUGUCAGUUCUUUCCUUACAAGACAGAGUUUAGGAACCUGUCGCAUGUAUUUACAAUGGACGAAGAUCGCGUUCGUCAGAAACAAGGAACGAAGCCGUGGUAUAUUGGUUGGAGUAACUGUGAUUCGUCUGCUGCCAACAUUCUGCGUCACCACUACGAAAGACCUUACUUCCUGCCUCCUGACUCUGAAUCCAGUAACACAGACUGGAUAUUUAUGGGCAGCCCAGGCUAUGGAGCACAUAUGCACAUAGACGAUGUCAACUAUCCAUCCUGGCAAGCUCAGAUCACUGGACACAAACUUUGGACUCUUCAGCCUCCAUCCGAAUGUUUUUUUAGUUGCCUAACAGAAAUGGUGGUAACAGUUCACCCAGGGGAAAUAAUUGUCUUGGAUACUAACAGAUGGUAUCAUUCUACGCUUAUAGUGGGAGCAGACAUCAGCAUAACUAUUGGCUCAGAGUACGACUAGAGAGAUUCUCCCAUCAUAUGAUCUGAAGAGAGAUAGGCCUAGACUCCUACGGAUGCGUUUAGCUCAAUAGUAGAAAGAUCAGAAUGACGCUCUUUUGUGUGUUUACUCUUAUAGGAGUAUUACAGUAUAAAGUAUGAAACCUUUAAGUACCAUGUUACAAUUCUACUAGAUGUAUACUGUGUU